CGGCGCCCGAUGGUGACGUCACGGUCGCGACAGUCCCUCACGGACGGUGGCCGGCGCGGCUCAGUGACGCAGGUCGAGUUGGCGAACUUUGCAGGAAGGAGGGUGGAUGUUUCGCGUUCAGCCGCGGCGAGAUAUAAAGCAACAAAUUGCUCUGCACCAAGCUUUAAAGGCUACACUGAAGGAAAUAUCAGAAAAUAAUACAUAGGCUGUAGAUGAGGCAGAAUGAUUGUGAACAGGCUCUCAUUGUGCUACCACAACAAACUUAUCUUAGCCCCGAUGGUUCGUGUAGGGACUCUCCCAAUGCGACUGCUGGCCCUGGACUAUGGAGCAGAUAUUGUGUACUGUGAGGAGCUGAUUGAUCUUAAGAUGCUUCAGUGCAAGAGAGUUGUCAAUGAAGUUCUCAGCACAGUGGACUUUGUGGCACCAGAUGACCGAGUAGUCUUCCGCACCUGUGAAAGAGAACGGAGCAGGGUGGUUUUCCAGAUGGGGACUUCAGAUGCAGAGCGAGCCCUUGCUGUGGCCAGGCUUGUAGAAAAUGAUGUGGCUGGCAUUGAUGUCAACAUGGGCUGUCCAAAAGAGUAUUCUACCAAGGGGGGAAUGGGAGCUGCUCUGCUGUCUGAUCCUGACAAGAUAGAGAAGAUCCUGAGCACCCUUGUUAAAGGGACAAGUAAACCUGUCACCUGUAAGAUUCGCAUCCUGCCAUCGCUGGAAGAUACCCUGAGCCUUGUGAAACGGAUUGAAAGAACUGGCAUAGCUGCCAUCAUCGUUCAUGGGAGGAAACGGGAGGAGCGACCUCAACACCCUGUCAACUGUGAGAGCAUCAAAGCCAUUUCUGAAGCCCUCUCCAUUCCUGUCAUAGCCAAUGGAGGAUCUCACGACCACAUCCAGGAGUACUUGGACAUAGAGGACUUCCGACAAAUUACAGCAGCCUCUUCAGUGAUGGUGGCUCGAGCAGCCAUGUGGAACCCAUCCAUCUUCCUGAAGGAGGGUCUCCGGCCCCUGGAGGAAGUCAUGCAGAAGUACAUUCAAUAUGCUGUACAGUAUGACAACCACUACACCAAUACCAAAUACUGCUUGUGCCAGAUGCUGCGAGAACAGCUGGAAUCACCCCAGGGAAGGUUGCUGCAUGCUGCCCAGUCUUCCCAGGAAAUUUGUGAGGCCUUUGGCCUUGGUUCCUUCUAUGAGGAGACCACACGAGAACUUGAUGCCCGGCGAGCUGAGCUCCUAGCCAGGAACCCAGAGGAACCAGGCGAGUCAGCUGAAGACACCUCUGGUAUCAUUAAAAUGGCUGUCAAGUUUGACCGGAGAGCUUAUUCCCCCCAGAUCACCCCUAAGAUGUACUUGCUGGAGUGGUGCAGGAGGGAGAAGCUGGCCCAACCUGUGUAUGAAACGACUCAACGUCCCCUGGAUCGCCUCUUCUGCUCUGUUGUCACUGUUGCUGAACAGAAGUACCAGUCCACUCUAUGGGAGAAGUCCAAGAAACUGGCGGAGCAGGCUGCAGCCAUCGUCUGUCUACGGAGCCAGGGCCUCCCUGAGGGUCAGCUGGGUGAGGAGUACCCCUCCUUGCACAAGCGCAAACGGGAGACUCUUGACCAAGACUCUGGGACCCCCAGAGAUGAGCCAACCAUACCUGGAGAGUUGUGCAAGAAGCCCUUUGUAGGCCUGAGAAAUGGCAAUGAGAACCCCUCAGAAGGCUGGUGACUGGGAGUCGGGUGGUAGCGCAGAGGGUUAAGCACACGUGGCGCAAAGCGCAAGGACCACCCUAAGGAUCCUGAUUUGAGCCCCCAGCUCCCCACCUGCAGGGGAGUCGCUUCACAGGCGGUGAAGCAGGUCUGUCUGCAGGUGUCUCUCUUUCUCUGCCCCUCUCUGUCUUCCCCUCCUUUCUCCAUUUCUCUCUGUCCUAUUCAAUGACAGCAACAACGACAACAAUAAUAAUAAUCACAACAAUGAUAAAACAACAAGGUCAACAAAGGGGGCAAAAUGGUCUCCAGGAGCAGUGGAUUCGUGUUGCAGGCACCGAGGCCCAGCAAUAACCCUGGAGGCAAAAAAAAGAAGGCUGGUGACCACUGCUCUUCCCUGAUCACCCCUUGCAUGGAGUUGGCCUGUGGGUACAAAGCAUGCAUCAGAUGCCAUUGGACAUUUUACCAUCCUAACAAAAAUUAAGGGAUCCUGGCCUGGGGCAUCCAUCUGGAAAUCACAGAGUGCCUAAGGUGUGCUCCUUGUAGGGUAGGGUAGGAUAGGGUAGUAGGACCACAUACCAGCGACCUCAGUGUCGUCUUUGAAACAAGAAGAGCUUUUUUUUUUUUUUAAGGUGCCAUUACCCCAACCUGGCAUUGGUACAGUGCAAUAAAGUCACCCUUUCCACCCUAA